AGGCUGUAUAAAACAUGUCUAUAAAUUUGUCAUACAUAUAAUUACGGUGUGUAUAAAAAAAAUAAUAUCUUGGUUGAAUAAAAAGAUUAUAAACUUUAUUAUAUUAGUCUCCACAAUAAGAAGAAUAUUCCGAGGAUAUCUCAAGGGUUGAUUUACAUACGUUGUUGCGCGACACACUUACGUCAUACAUAAUAUGAAAUUGUUUUAAUACAAUAAUUAGUGAAUCAAACAAUUAUAACAACAUUUUAACUAUAUAUACGUGUUAACGUAUUUUCUUCAUUCAAGACAUUUUGAAAUAUAUAAAUAUACGAAUUUAUGGUAAUAUCAUUUUUUCUCAUAUAUAUUAUAUGAACAAACAAACUAUAUGCAAAUAAAUAAUCAAUAAUGAAAAAGCCUUGAAUUCAUUAAGGGAUUACACGCAAUUUUAACUUGACACAACAAAGAAUCAUAUAAAAAUAUAAAACUUCAUUGGACAUUUAAUGACCAAAAAAAUAUAAAUUGUUUUUUUAUACAGUCAACAAAAUGAUUUUCAUCAACGUGCGAUUGUUACUUUUCAUAGUGACAUCAAGUAAAUUAAUAUCUUGUACAGAAUUAGAUUCAAAAAAUUUAAAAUAUAAACUAGCAAGUAAAUUUGGACUCAAUGAUGUUUCAACAAAAAGUGAAGUAAUCAAGAAUAAAGAUUUAUUACAAGCUUGUCUUGAUGAUUUUGUGACCUCUCACUUGAAGAAACAGCCAAAAAUCAUUACAGUUAUUCUGAAUAAACACGUUAAAAUGUCAAAUAUUUACUUGGAAGAAAUACAAAAAAGUUACCCAACAUUUGUAUUUACUGAAGACUACAACGGUCAAAAUAAUAUGAAAAAAACAAGAAUGAAUAUUUUUAUUUUAUUGAGAAACCAUAAUGAUCUUGAUGAUUUUCAAAUAAAAAUUCAUCAAAUUAGUAGUCGUGGAUCGACAUAUACAGUAUUCUUAGUUGAUCAUUUUAAAAAUAAAAAAUUAUUCAUCGAAGAAUCAAAUAUACUGACUAAAUUAUUAUGGAUUAAAAAAAUAGCAAAUAUUGUUAUAAUUGGUUUUGUUGAAAAUUAUUAUCUAGCAAUGAAUAGUAAUGAAUUUAAACCAAAUAUACUCAGAGAACCAAUGGACCCAGUGAUUGUUGGCCAAUGUCAAAAUGGAAAAUGGAUAAUAAAUAUUACGUUAUUUGAACCAAUGAAAAUGAAUAAUUGUUCUGUAAAUGUUGGCUAUUUGAAUAAUGAACCGUACAUGUAUGCUGUUAAACAAAAAAAUAAUAAUAAGCUUGAAUAUAAAGGUAUUGAUUUAUCGAUAUUACGAGUUGUCGCAAAUCAUCUAAAUUUUACAAUUAAUUUAUCGGAAAUCCCAGGAACUGAAAAUGAUACAAAAACACAAAGAAUUGCUAAUUCAUUUGACAGCAACAGGUCCUAUGAUAUUGUCAUUGGUGGUAUCACAUGGCAACCAACAUUUGAUAUUGAUUACACAAUUCCUCAUGAUGUUGUACAAUUUGUUUGGCUUGUACCAGUCCAAUCUGAAAAACUGAGAAUUAUAACAUUUCCUUUCGGAAAAGAACAAUGGAUUUCAAUAACUGCUGUUAUAUUAUUUCCAAUAAUUGUCAAGUUUAUAUUAUUCCAUGAAAUUUCAUUAUUUGAAAUAUUCGCUGUUCUUCUUGGCAUACCAUACAAUAGAAGACCACUCAGAUUUUCAUUCAUAAUAUUUCUCAUGUUUUGGUUUAUAUUCGCUUUUAUGAUAGCACAAAUAUCUUUAAUAUCUCUACGUGAAAUGGUAAAUAUCAAAUCUAAUAAUAAAAUUCGCACAAUAAAAGGAUUAAAUAAAUCAGGAAUAACACUUGGUGGUUUAAAAGAUACAAAAAGUUUAUUCAUUGGAAAUAAAACAUUUGAACAUUAUAAAGAACUUGAACGUAUUAAGUAUGAAAAACAACUCCAAGAUUUAAUAAACGGUAAAAAUAAAAAAAUGGCAUUAUUGAUGGUAAUGGAUCCUUCAACAGUAAAUACGAAAUUUAAUCCUUCUCAUGUAUAUGUACUACCAGAGACUUCAAUUCAGCUUCAACUUAGUUUUGCAGUAUUGGAUCCAACUCAUUUGUCUUCGAGCGACUUAAUUAUUCUAAUUGUUUUUUAUUACUUGGUAUUGGUCUUGCAAUUAGUUUAAUAACCUUAAUUUUUGAAAUUAUAAAUUUUCGAUUCAAAUUAAUUGAUCGCAUUCAUAGUGUUUAUCUUAAAUUUGCUCGCCGAGUUUGAUUUGUGCUUGAGAAAUAAUAAUAAUGAUAAUUUUAAAAUCUGUAUCUGAAGUUAUUGUGUGUGAUAUAAAUAUUGUUGACCUUGACAUACUAAUAAACAUCAUAAACGUAUACUAGUGAAUUAAACCGCUCAACUAAAUACAUAUAGUGGCAUUGGCUUGGUCAGGCAUAAUUUUUUAAAUUACUUAUUAUCAAAUAAAUAAAUUUGUUCAAUUAAACUAGCAAUUAAUUUUUUUUUUUUCCAUCAUUUUACGCACAAUACUAAUAAGACGAAUAAGAUGUUUAACUAUAUUUAUUGCGUGUAGAAUUAUAAUUGGCUUGCUAAACUUAUAAUUAUCGAUAGUUGUCAAUUUUUAUUAAUACGCAUACAUAAAAGAUUGAUAAAUAUUUUGUAUCAUGAAUUUUGAAGCACCAUGUGAUAUAAAUUGAAUUCAAAACAACAUAUUUUAACUAGAAUUGUAUCUAAUGUAAUUGAUGUGUUAUAAAUGGAAUAAUAAAUAUAAAAAAAAAAAAAAAAACGAAA